AUGGAUCCGCUCUUUCACACCCAGGCUGGGGACAUCCUUUACAUGAGGAAACUGGUCAAUGACUCAUCCUUGUGGAACUUCACCUGGGGCGACUGGUUCCACAAUGGCACCACGGAUGGCUUCUUGCCCAUGGGCAUCAAGGUCACCAUAGUCAUCGUCUACUCCAUCGUCUGCAUUAUAGGGCUGGUGGGCAACUGCUCCGUCAUGUAUGUGAUCAUCAGAUUCACGAAGAUGAAGACAGCAACCAACAUUUACAUCUUUAACCUGGCUUUGGCUGACACCUUGUGCCUGAUCACCUUACCUUUCCAAGGCACGGAUACAUUCCUGGGAUCAUGGCCGUUUGGGAACGCCCUCUGCAAAAUUGCCAUCUCCAUCGACUACUACAACAUGUUCACCAGCACUUUCACCCUCACCAUGAUGAGUGUAGACCGCUACAUUGCCAUCUGCCAUCCCAUCAAGGCCCUGGACAUCCGCACCCCCCACAAGGCUAAAGUAGUCAACGUUUGCAUCUGGGCCUUGGCCUCAGUCUUCGGUAUCCCCGUGAUGGUAAUGGGAUCGACCGAGAAUGAAAAUGAUGAGAUCGACUGCCUAAUUAGACUCCCCGAACCUGUGGAUUAUUGGGAUCCCAUAUUUGGCAUCUGCAUCUUCCUCUUCUCCUUUAUGAUCCCCGUCAUGGUAAUCACGAUUUGUUACAGCCUCAUGAUCCGGCGCCUGAAGAACGUCCGCGUCCUCUCUGGGUCGAAGGAGAAGGACCGAAACCUCCGACGCAUCGCUCGCCUGGUGCUCAUAGUCGUGGCCGUCUUCAUCAUCUGCUGGACGCCCGUCCAUAUCUUUGUCCUGGUCCGGUGUCUUGGGGCCAAGGCCGACAAUGAGUUCAAGCUAUCCAUCUUGUACUUCUGUACCGCGCUGGGCUAUGCCAACAGCUGCUUGAACCCGGUCCUCUAUGCUUUCUUAGACGAGAACUUUAAGACAUGUUUCAAGAAGUUCUGCUUCCCUUCCGCCUUUAGGAAAGAGCUGCAGAUGUCCAACCGAAUGUGCAGCAUUGCCAAGGAUGUGGCUUACGCAUGCAAGAAUUCAGAUGGGACUAACAACCCGGCAUGA